UUAGUUUUCCCUAGAACGACUUAUUCAAGGCCAGGGGCUAUGUCUUACUCAUUUUUUUAAUGUCCCCAGGGAUUAGCUAGUUCUUGGGAAACAACUGGGACUCAAAAUAGUUUGCCAAGUGAAUGAUUGAGAGGUCCAAUCAAGCUACUACUUCCCUUCAGUGCUGCACAGUGCAGCAAAUAACCAGCUCAGAUAUGGGUUCAAAGACCACAGGUUUCUCCUUGGACAGCUCAGCUCUCCUCAUAACUCCAUAGUAUGGAGUGGUUGCAUCUGGAAGAGGGGGAGGAAGUUCCAAAUACUAAGUAAUCCAGGUUUGGGUUGGAAAACAAGGUUGAAGUUACUCAUUAGCAGGUGAAAGGGUCAAGGGUCGAAUGCAAGGGAGCUGAAAGCAGAGUGGACUGAGCAGCCAGUAGGGGAGAGCAGUUAAGGCACACACAGCACCAGCUCCCUCCUGCCUGAAGAUGUUCCACCAAAUUUGGGCAGCUCUGCUCUACCUCUAUGGUGUUAUCCUUAACUCCAUCUACCAGUGCCCUGAGCACAGUCAACUGACAACUCUGGGCAUGGAUGGGAAGGAGUUCCCAGAGGUCCACCUGGGCCAGUGGUACUUUAUCGCAGGGGCAGCUCCCACCAAGGAGGAGUUGGCAACUUUUGACCCUGUGGACAACAUUGUCUUCAACAUGGCUGCUGGCUCUACCCCGAUGCAGCUCAACCUUCGUGCCACCAUCCGCACAAAAGAUGGGCUCUGUGUGCCCCGGAAAUGGAUCUACCACCUGACUGAAGGGAGCACAGAUCUCAGAACUGAAGGCCGCCCUGACAUGAAGACUGAGCUCUUUUCCAGCUCAUGCCCAGGUGGAAUCAUGCUGAAUGAGACAGGCCAGGGUUACCAGCGCUUUCUUCUCUACAAUCGCUCACCACAUCCUCCCGAAAAGUGUGUGGAGGAAUUCAAGUCCCUGACUUCCUGCCUGGAUUCCAAAGCCUUCUUACCGACUCCUAGGAAUCAAGAGGCCUGUGAGCUGCCCAGUAACUGACCUGUAACUUCGUCUAAGUCCCCAGAUGGUACAAUGGGAGCUGAGUUGUUGAAGGGAGAAGCUGGAGACUUCCAACUCCCAUUCAAGAUAAUAAAGAUGAUUUUUCAAUCCUCAUCUCA